GUUGGCAACCCUUGUUCAUGCUCAUCCCUAAAACAGAAUCAAAUUUUUGAGAUCAGAAAUUUGGCUAUUAAAAAUAUAUUUGAAAGUCAUUUAUUGUAGACCAGUAAGUGCCGCCACUGGAUUUAAGCUAUCAAAUAUAACGUGCUAAAAAGGGGUCCUUGAAAUGCCUGCCAGAAAAGCAACACACGCCGGGAGCUGGUACACAGACUCCGCCCCUGAGCUCUCUAGGCAGUUGGAUGGUUGGCUGCACGCUGCCGAGCUCUCCCACGGACCUGCCCGCGCCAUCAUUGCCCCGCAUGCCGGCUAUACGUACUGUGGGGCUUGCGCUGCGUUCGCCUAUCGUCAAGUCAGCCCCGUUGUCGUAAAACGAAUCUUCAUCUUGGGCCCCUCCCACCAUGUGCGCCUUCGGGGCUGUGCCUUGUCCGUGUCUAAGAAGUAUAAGACUCCACUUUAUGAUCUCGAGAUUGAUACUCAAACCAAUGCUGAGCUGGAGAAGACCGGCCAGUUCAGCUGGAUGGAUAUGAAAACAGAUGAGGAUGAGCACUCCAUUGAGAUGCAUUUGCCUUACAUAGCCAAAGUCAUGGAAGACUACAAAAACCAGUUCACCAUUGUGCCUAUUCUGGUGGGUUCGCUGAAUCCCGAGCAGGAGGCACAGUAUGGUUCCCUAUUGUCCACGUACUUGAUGGACCCCACCAAUCUGUUUGUAAUAUCCUCCGACUUCUGCCAUUGGGGCCAGCGCUUCAAUUACACAUACUACGAUCGCUCCUGCGGCGCUAUUCACAAGUCCAUCGAGAGGCUUGACAAGCAGGGCAUGGACAUCAUCGAGACACUUAGUCCGCAGGCAUUCACCGAGUACUUACGCAAGUACAACAACACCAUAUGCGGCCGCCAUCCCAUCGGCGUCAUGCUCGGCGCCUGUAGGGCCCUGCAGGAUCAGGGCUACGACAAGAUGAACUUUAAGUUUCUUAAGUAUGCGCAGAGUAGCCAGUGCGAGGAUAUGGAGGAUUCAAGUGUCAGCUACGCCUCUGGCUCCCUUGUCUUUGAGAUUUGAGAGAUGCUUUGGUAUGGCAUACAGCAGCUCGGCAGCAUUAAUAUUGUGGAAUUUAAGCCUAAUGUUUUUUAUAAUUAUUACUAGCCUCAAAUUGCAGAAAUAAAUCCAUUUAUCAACUUAA